AUGGAGAACCCUGUUAUCAGAGACAGUGAUGAAUGGGACUCAAUAGAGUUUGCUCUUCAAUUACGCUGCCGUUCUUCAAGAGUUAGAUUAUUGCAAGCAUGGAAUAUAACAAAGGCUGAACCCCUCUCUAUGUUCAAUCGCCGCUCCAAGAAUACACUUGUUUUGGAAAGUUUUAUCGACUCUUCUGCAUUAGACCGCUACAAUUCUGUGCAGAAUGUCUGCACAAGAGGUUUUGAAAUUGGUGCAAAUGGCUUUAUCGUAACAAUCGGAAAUUUGAGUCUUCCUGGGUUUCCAUUAUUGAAUACUGACGGAAAUGGAGGAGACUUGCUAGCUAACAAUAUCGGCACACUAGAUAAUAGUGGCAAGAUCGUUCCACCAAAGAGUGCUACAAUAUCUGAAACAACGUUUUCAAGCAUACAUGGUGAUAAAAAAGUUUUUGAAUAUUUUAUAUGUGACGUUGCUGUUGGCAAAUCCAUAAAAGUUCCAAAUGUACUCGAGGCACAACGAUCAAGAGUAUCCAUGCCAGCAGAAUAUGAUUCAUAUUUUUUAUCAAAUUCUGAAUCAGAAAAGUUUGAUACAAUAACUGUAUCUAAUACGGUGGAAAGUGGUAUCAAAAAUCCAACCCAUUUGGUUGGAGAUCAUUCUUAUACUAAGGGUGUACUUCCAAAAAAUGCCUUUAAACACGAAUAUAUAAUAUAUGAUUCUUCUCAGAUACUUCCAAAGUACUUGAUACAAUUUGAAUGCAAUCCUAGCGCUGAAGAAUCUUAUGCUUUACCACUAUGUGAUAAUUGUCAAAAUGAUGUGGCUACGAUCUAUUGUUCUUCUGAUGCUGCUAGGAUGUGUACAAAAUGCGAUACUCGCAUACAUUCACAAAAUAAGGUAGUUUCUCGACACAUUAGGAUGCCACUUAAUGAGAUGCCGAGAGCACAAACAAAGUGUAAAAUCCAUCGUUCCAAAUCAUAUCACUUGUAUUGUAUCGUUUGUAACGUUCCAAUCUGUCAGCUCUGUACUUCGAAUCAUAUUCAUAACAACACAUCAGAUGGUAUUUUGAGAGAAACGACAUUUAUACCCAUCAACAUUGCAUACGAAUCCGCUGUACUUGACCUUAAGACGACCUCAAACUAUAUCAUAGAUAAAAGGAGAAAAGAGCUAAUGAAAGUCCUAUCUGAUAUAGAAACUGUUAAAAAUGUGGUAUCAGACAACUGUCAAAGUGUAGAGGCUGCAUGCUACGAAAUGUUGGAAGAAGCUCUAAAAAAUCUGCAACAUCUUGUAGAUAAAUCACUGGGAAUUGUAUUAUCGGAGCAAACAGAAAACAAGAGGCAACUUAAUGAAAUAAAUUGGUCGGAAUAUUUCAUAGGAUAUAUGCGCAGCAACCUACUCCCCCCCGACUAUCUUCGAUCAUGGCUCUGUCAUUGUAGAUUGCGAAAUCAGCUGUCGAACAAUAGCUACAAAGGACCACAAAAGGAACUGUUCGCAGACAUCGUGCUAGAAGCGGAGCUCAGCAUCGUUCCAGAAGAUGUAAAAUUACAAAACAAAACAUAA